AUGCUGACGGCGGUUGAGGAGUGGAAGCACCAGGAGAAAGUGGGUAAGCAGUGGCGGAACAAGCUGCAACGGCUGGUGUCAGCUGCAGUGGCGAAGCAGCGACAGAGGUUGCCGAUGAAGAACCAGCAGGAGAUGAAGGCGCAGGAGAAGGGUAAGCAGCAGCGGCUGGCGAAGGCGGCAGGGGAGAAGGCGGCACAGGAGAAGGUGGCACAGGAGAAGGCGGCACAGGAGAGGGCGGCACAGGAGAAGGCGGCACAGGAGAAGGCGGCACAGGAGAAGGUGGCACAUGAGAAGGCGGCACAGGAGAAGGCGGCAGAGGAGAAGGCGGCACAGGAGAAGGCGGUAGAGGAGAAGGCGGUACAGGAGAAGGCGGCACAGGAGGAGGCGGCACAGGAGAAGGCGGCACAGGAGAAGGUGGUUCAGGAGAAGGUGGCACAUGAGAAGGCGGCACAGGAGAAGGCGGCACAGGAGAAGGCGGCACAGGAGAAGGUGGCACAUGAGAAGGCGGCACAGGAGAAGGCGGCAGAGGAGAAGGCGGCACAGGAGAAGGCGGCACAGGAGAAGGCGGCACAGGAGAAGGUGGUUCAGGAGAAGGCGGCGCAGGAGAAGGCGGCGCAGGAGAAGGCGGCGCAGGAGAAGGCGGCGCAGGAGAAGGCGGCGCAGGAGAAGGCGGCGCAGGAGAAGGCGGCGCAGGAGAAGGCGGCGCAGGAGAAGGCGGCACAGGAGAAGGCGGCACAGGAGAAGGCGGCACAGGAGAAGGCGGCACAGGAGAAGGCGGCACAGGAGAAGGCGGCACAGGAGAAGGUGGUUCAGGAGAAGGCGGCGCAGGAGAAGGCGGCGCAGGAGAAGGCGGCGCAGGAGAAGGCGGCGCAGGAGAAGGCGGCGCAGGAGAAGGCGGCGCAGGAGAAGGCGGCACAGGAGAAGGCCGCACAGGCGACGCCGGCACAGGCGAUGCCGGGACAGGCGACGCCGGCAGAGGCACAGGCGACGCCGGCAGAGGCACAGGCGAUGCCGGCAGAGGCACAGGCGAUGCCGGCAGAGGCACAGGCGACGCCGGCAGAGGCACAGGCGACGCCGGCAGAGGCACAAGCGACGCCGGCACAGGCGACGCCGGCACAGGCGGGGCCGGCACAGGCGGGGCCGGCACAGGCGGGGCCGGCACAGGAGAUGGCGACACAGGCGGCGGCGUCACAGGUGGCGUCGGCACAGGCGACGCUAGCAGAGGCACAGGCGACGCCAGCAGAGGCACAGGCGACGCCGGCACAGGCGAUGCCGGCACAGGCGGGGCCGGCACAGGCGGGGCCGGCACAGGAGAUGGCGACACAGGCAGCGGCGUCACAGGUGGCGUCGGCACAGGCGACGCCGGCAGAGGCACAGGCGACGCCAGCAGAGGCACAGGCGACGCCGGCACAGGCGGGGCCGGCACAGGCGGGGCCGGCACAGGAGAUGGCGACACAGGCGGCGGCGUCACAGGUGGCACCGGCACAGGCGACGCUGGCAGAGUCGGCGUCGGCACAGGCGACGCCGGCAGUGGCGGCGCCGGCACAGGAAAUGGCGGCACAGGCGGCCCCGGCACAGGAGAUGGCGGCACAGGCUGCGCCGGCACAGGAGGCGGCGGCACUGGCAGCACAGGCGGCGGCGUCACAGGUGGCGGCGUCGGCAGUGAAGGCGAAGGUUCAUGAGGUGACACUGGCAGAUCAGGUGGCGCGAGAGGAGACGGCGGGACAGGCGAACACGGCAUCGGGGAUCGCGGGAUGGGCGAUGGCGGCGGGUCAGGCGGCAGCACAUAAGGCGGUGAUGGCAGACUAUGUGAAUGCGUCGAGGCCAGAGGAUGUGAGUAGGGCAACGAAGGCGGCAAUGGAGAAAGCACUGGAGAAUGCGGGAAAGGUGAAUUUGAAGCAAGGGCUGCAGAAGCAGCAGCAGCAGCAGGUUCUAGGAUGGUUGUCUGUAUUAUGA